AUGUUAAGAUCUGCUUUUAGAAAUAAUAUAAAUCGUCGUCUAUUUUCAAGGGAAUCAAUUCCCUAUGAUAAGACUAUUAAAAAUCUCUUAUUACCUGCCGAUACUAAGGUCAUUAUUCAAGGUUUUACCGGUAAACAAGCUACUUUCCAUGCUAAUAUUUCAAUGGAAUAUGGCACUGACAUUGUUGGUGGUACUAAUCCUAAGAAAGCUGGACAAUUGCAUUUAGGAAAACCUGUCUACGCAACUGUCAAGGAAGCAGUGAAAGAAACAGGUGCUACCGCUACUGGUAUCUUUAUUCCACCAGCCUUUGCUGCCAAUGCCAUAAAAGAGGCAGUUGAAGCUGAAAUUCCAUUGGCUGUAGCUAUCACGGAAGGUAUUCCUCAACAUGAUAUGCUGUAUAUUGCAGAAAUGUUGAAAUCACAAGAUAAAACAAGAUUAGUGGGUCCAAACUGUCCAGGUAUUGUUAAUCCAAUUUCAAAAGUGAGAAUCGGUAUUCAACCUCCUUCAAUCUUCAAACCAGGUAAGAUUGGUAUCAUUUCAAAAUCCGGUACUUUGACAUAUGAAGCUGUGCAACAGACAACUUUGACUGGUUUGGGUCAAACUUUAGUCAUUGGUAUGGGUGGUGAUGCAUUCCCAGGUACUGAUUUCAUCGAUACUUUAAAACUAUUCUUAGAGGACAAACAGACCGAAGGUAUCAUUAUGUUAGGUGAAAUCGGUGGUACUGCUGAAUUGGAGGCUGCUCAAUUUUUGAAAGAAUACAAUUUCUCGAAGUCAAACCCUAAGCCAGUGGCAUCCUUUAUUGCAGGUACAGUCGCUGGUCAAAUGAAAGGUGUCAGAAUGGGUCAUUCUGGUGCUAUUGUUGAAGGGUCUGGUACAGAUGCAGAAUCUAAAAAGAAAGCUUUAAGAGAUGUAGGUGUUUCCGUUGUCGAAUCUCCAGGUCGCUUAGGUAAGGCUUUGUUAGAUGACUUUGCAAAAUAUAAAUAG